GACCCCGCCGCCGAGAUGGCGUGGCCGUGCAUCAGCCGGGCGUGCUGCAUCGCCCGCUUCUGGAACCAGCUGGACAAAGCCGACAUCGCCGUGCCGCUGGUCUUCACCAAGUACUCCGAGGCCACCGAGCUGCCCGGGACGCAGCUGGUCCUGCCGCAGCCGCAGCCGCAGCCGGCUCGCCCGCCGCCCGCGGCCAUCGACACCCAGCCGGCCGCCCUCGGCGGCGACGCGGAUGCCCUCGCUAGGCCGGCCUCGGCCUCGGCCGCGGACCACGGGCCGGGGGCCCCUUCCAGAGCGGGGCCCUCCCAGCCCAGAGAGCCGGCCCCGCCGGACUCGGUGACGCGGCAAGACUACAAGCCCUGGAAAGUGCAGCGGCCGGAGCCGAGCUGCAAGCCGAAGAGCGAGUACCAGCCCUCGGACCUGCCCUUCGAGAAGCAGAGCCAGUACCAGAAGGACUUCCGUCCCUGGCCCAUCCCCAGGAGAGGGGACCACCCCUGGAUCCCCAAGCAGAUGUCCAUCCCCGCCGUCGAGCCGGACAAGGGAGCCACGGAGCGGUCCAGCAGCUGGGAGAGGCGCAGCAGGUCGCAGAUCGGCCGGGACCGGGAGGAGGCCUCCGCCAAGCCCGCCCGGCCAGAAGAAGGAAGGCUGACCAAGCUCAAAAAGAGAGGCCACCUGCCUGAAGACCAGGCUCGGCCCCACCACCACCAGCCGCCGCCGCAGCCGCCGCCGGGAUCUUCCGGGGCCCAGGAGGGCGGGAAGGGCCGAGCGGCGGUGGACGCGCUCAACCGGCAGAUCAAGGAGGAGGUGACGGCGAGGGUGACCACCUCCUCUUACAGAAAUGAAUUUCGACCGUGGACGGACAUCAAGCCAGUGAGAGCUAUCAAAGCGAAGUCCCAGUAUGAGCCUCCGGAUGAGAAAAUCAAGCUACAGACAAGCUACAGUUCCCAGUUCACUGCCGAGGGAGCAAAGCCUGGCCCGGCAGAUAACAAAUUCCUGGAGCACCGAAGGAUACGCAGCCUCUAUAAUGAGCCGCAGAAGGAAUCUCCGAAGGUGGAGAAGCCCAGUCCUCAGCCUUCUAAGCCAAAAAAGACGACCACAAGCCAUAAAUCUCUGAAGAAGCCCAAAGACAAGCAGAUGGCGUCCAGCAGGUCCUCCAAGAAGAAGGCCGCGGAGGCGUCCAGCAGAACAACGACUGUCGAGGACAAGGAGAAAAGUAAAGAAAUUAACAAUAAGUUGGCUGAAGCGAAAGAGUAAUUCACUGCAGUUACUCGCUGUUCUUCCUGUCUCUCUGUUUAUUUCUCCUUCCUUCCCUCCC